AAAGGCGGAUAGGAGGACUUUCUGUUUGGACAUUUUUAUCUUCUUUUUAUGAUUAUUAACUUGGAUAUAUGGUUAUUAACGGUUAAUUCAUAGACAAACUUGUUCACUUUACUCUAUAUUUGUGACGUUUCGAUCAUAGAUGGUAUUGGAUUACCUAAACUAUUCUUCUAUUGAAUUUGUCUUCCUGCAUUUUUCGUGCAUUUUCAUGAUGAAAGUAUCCCAUAAUAAAAAAACUUGCUGUGUUUGCGGUCGAAUUUGUGGGAAAAAUAGUGUGCCUAUACACGGUUUGCCAAAUGAUGAAAUUAUAAGGAAGCAAUGGAUAACAUUCCUUGUUGAAAAUGGAGCUGCCAGAGAGACUGAUAACUUCACUAGAGCAUAUAUAUGUGGUGAUCAUUUUCCGCCCUUAAGCUAUAGGACAGAUGGCAGACACUUGAAAAAGUGGGCAGUACCAUGUAUUUUAGAACGUGACAUUGCUUCAUUCAAGCCAGUGGAAGUUGACUGCGAAUUGAUAGAUGAUUCAGAUAUCCUCAACAAUUUCUCUUCUGAUUCAAAGGAUUGUUGGGAUCAAGAUUUUUUUUACAUAAGUUCUGAUGCACAACAUGUUGGCAUUGAUAAAGUGGAAGUACUUGCAGCAAUGGAUACAGAUGCUGAUUCAAGACAGAGCUCUAGACAUGUUGGGAUUGGUGAAAUCGAGGUAGUCCCAGUGAUCAACUUAGUGGAUCCUUUGAGUAUCAAUACGGGGCAACCAACAGCAUCAACAACAUCUCGUAGUAGAAGCAAUAAAGCACGAUAUCGCUACGUAGCUGAUUUUAAGGCAGAAGAUAUGGUGGACCCUGUUAAAGCGAUCAAAUGUAGAACCAUUGCCAUAAAAGAGACGACAUGUCUGAGGAAAAAAAUUAUUUUAUUACGACAAUCCAAUCGGAGACUGAAUAAGAAAAUCAAGGCGUUGAAAGCGCUAACUGGAUACUCGAAAAAGAAGAAUCUCAUCUCAAAUGAUGCAGAAUAAUCUUUGUUAGAUUUACCAUUUGCUGUCGUUCUCCUCCCAACCUAUCAUGACUUGCACCUAUUGGCCUAUUUAUUGUGGUGACACUCAUAACAUGUAAAAAAAAUAUCAUAAAAACUUGAAAACCUUAUUUUAACUAGAACACCCUCCAUAUGAAGGCAUUUUCGGAUUCCUCAAAAUGUUCUAGAGAUAUUCAUACUAUUUAGGUAAGACUUUAUCAUUUCUAAAUAUUUUGAUUUCCUCAUACAGAGUGUCCAGUAAUGACUAAUAAUUCUACUAGAGAAAUUAAUAUUAAAAUUCAUGAAGUACUUUUUCAAACACUCUAAAGUAACGGAAAAUGGAAAACUUUUUUCUUGUUUGCUGAUUAACAUUAGCGUUUCUAAAAACUUGUAAAAAAUAUCGUAAAAACUUGACAACCUUCUAAUUUUAAUUAGAACACCCUAUACAUGAAAACUUUUUUCAUAUUUACUCAUCAACUUUAACUUUAGCAUUUUUAGACCAAAUUUAACCUUGAGAAAAUGUCCACAAACUUUUUUGUUUAAAGCUUCUUGCAAAUUUUAAAAGCUCACAGGUAAAGACCACUAAAAAAGUAUUAAACCGUAAACUAGUUAAACCACAAUAAGAAGAAAUAAAAAUGCCCUCAUAUGCAAGGUGUUCUAUUUAAAAUAAGAAAAUUAUUACUUGUCCACGAAAAUACAUUACAAUACAUUCCAUAAUACUUAUUUUUUCUCAAACGGACUUCGAUUGUGUACAGUAUAGGUAAAAUUGUAUAUAGUUUAUUGGUAUAAAAUAAAUAAAUAGAAAUAAUUUAAGUUCUAGCUAUAACUCACUUUCUUCUAUUCAAUAGGGUUUUAAGGUUAUAAACUGUUGUUUAAAAAUGUCGGGCCAUGAAUUGGGUUUGAUAUGAAAUACAUCCAAAUAGCAUUUAUCACUUUGGUUAUAUAGGGUGGGCCAAAUUAGACACUUAAGGGAAGGGAAAUGUGUUUUUACAAGACAAAAAUUGAUGCCGAUGUCUGGGGCUCAAUGUUUCUCUAAAAAAUUACAUUUUUAAUUUUGAACAAGUGGACUUUGGAAAAAAUGUAUACCCGAAGCUGUCUACUUGUGAUUUUGGCUGUGCAGACCUUAGGUUUUAGUUAGUAACAUUUAAAAUAAAAUCAACUGGAAAUCGCGUACUUGGUUUCAUUUUUCCAGGAACCACACAAACGGUAAGACAAAACAAUAGCAAGUUCUGGUUUUCAACAU